AUGAAAAUAUUUCUCCAACUACCGGAGGAACUCUUGUUCCUAAUCAUCAAAUAUAUCAAUGAUAGAUCAAAAAUUGAACAAUUAAUUGAAAUUCCAGCUUUACAACAAUACGCUAUAAAAGAAAGGUAUUCCAAAUUCAAACUAGAUGAAACUAGCUAUUCAACAAGAGAUGGUUCGAUUCAAACACUAAAUGCAUUGUUCAAACAAUAUGGUUUCAAACCUACAAGAAUUAUUGGGAACACAAAGGACAUCCAUAAAUUGCUACAUAUUGAGGAAAAAAAAGGGAGUUCCAACAUUAUUAGACGAACCAGAUCGCAAGUACAGAACUCGGGUUCAAAAAAUGAAUUAAUUGAUUAUAGUCAAGUUGAUUACGAAAUUUUGUAUUAUCAAAGUAAUAUAUCUAAGCUUGAGGAUAUUUGCAAAAAUGCGAAUUUAGUGCUGAUAGAUGUUUCGCAGAAUUAUUCAUUAUCAACAAAUACUCAUCCCAUCAGAGAAAGAGAGUUUGCAAAACUUUUGGAUAUAAUCAAUGCUAGCAAACUAGAAUCCUUAUCUACUGUCUAUCUGAAUCAGUUCAAGGUUGUAUUUUCAAAUUCAUUGAAAAAACUAAAACUUUCAUUUAAAGGUGAAGAAAUUGAACUUAAUUUGAGUGAAUUAGCUAAUCUUGAAUUGUUUUAUUGCUAUGGUCUUAACGGAGUCGGCUCAUUGGAUGAUAUUCAAUUGCCCAAAACCAUCAAAAAUUUGGAGCUACGUUCAUGUCGCAUACAAGUUUUGGGAAAUAUGGAACAGUAUUUUAAUUUAAGGAAAUUAACAGUAGACUAUUGUGAUGCACUUUUUCAACUCAUGAAAAGUUCUUUUCCCAAAACAUUGGAAGAAAUGAAAAUUGUAAACAGUAUACUGAACGAAAAAGUUGCUGAAUUAUUUAGAGCUGUGAGUGAAGGAACAAACACUCGAUUUGAAGACUCAGAUUUUUCCGUUGACGGUAGACGCUUUUUGAUUGGUCACUGCCUCAAACGACUUCCAAAGCUAAGACUGUUGUGGAUUAAGGAUGAAUAUGAAGCUCUUGAAGUUCGUGUUUUAAAUUUAGAAGCUCUCAGUAGCUUAAGGUUGGAACAGAUUAAGAAUGUUGAUUUAAAGGAAGUAUUAUCAUCUUUGCCAAAAAUCAUGUUUAAAAUUGAAAUUGUAAAAUGUACCAUAUCAAGCGUUGAAAGUGCUGUGUUUUAUCCUGAGCUGAAGCACAUUGUAUUUUCAAACAACAACCUUAAUAAUAUAUUCAGAUCAAAUUUCAACAACUUAAAGAAAUUGGAAAACUUAGAAUUGAACUGCAACAAAAUAAACAGUCCUACUGGGAUGAUUAUGCUUGAUCUGUGUGAACUUUUGAAAUGUAUUGAUGAAGACUUCGAAACAUCCACUGGUGUAUCAAAGAAAAAGGUUGGUAAGAAGAGGAAAAUCGAGGUUAAAGAUACUGUGACUUUUGGUGCACCCAAAUUAGAGCAAUUGCAAUUACUGAACAAAAAUUGGUUUUGGGGAAGAAGAAGACAACAUGGAAGUUCAAGGAAACACAAACUGCUUGUAUCUCAAGUGUCAUUGAUUGAAUGUACAAAUUUGAAACAAUUAAGUAUUAGAGACACAGUCAUAAGUGUAGUAGAUCUCAACAAACUUCCAAACCUGUUGGUUUCCUUAAGCAUCACUAACAACAAAUUGAAGCUAUUCAAAGGAGAAUUUAGUAAUUUGAGUAAUUUGAGUGAAUUAGAUUUGAAUGAUAAUGAAAUUAAUUAUUCAAUGCUAGCAAAUCAAACUUUUCCACAAAGUUUGAAAUCAUUAGACUUAUCAGAAAAUGAAAUUGAAGAUUUGACUUGCUUGUAUUUAGACAAUUGUGUCAAUUUACGAACUUUAUUGUUAGUGAAAGUUACCGGCGUGGAUGAGCCAGAAGGUGCAAACGAAUUGAAGAAGUUAUUCCUUAAAAUAAAUAUAGAUGCUGAUACUAGUCGUGGAUCAUUGACUAACCGUAAAUCAAAAAUUAUAUUUAACAUUGUGGAUGGUGUUGAUCUUCGUCAAGGAAGUUCAACUCUUGGUUCAGGAUCAAAAAAAAGAAAAAGGGUCAACGAUGAUCCAGCCUACAGAUGA